UAUCAUGGAUCCCGCCCGCCUUAAUCUCCAAUUUCCCCCGCCUGCUCUCCUCCAAGAUCUUUCUCUCCCAUCCCAGAUUCUCACACUGCCUCGUUCUCUAUCCUCCGUCAACUUAUUAUACUCGUCAUGCUUGCGAGAUAUCAAUCACAGACCUGUUCAUGAACCCAAGUCCUCUCACUUCGAGUGAGACCAAACUCCCCGCCUGCCCCGCGCCUGUCUGUGCCGAACUCGACAAAGGCGGUGGAGUGCGCUUAGGCUCCCAUACAUUCGCCAUUUACUCUUGCGCUGCGCUCCCACCCAGCUGGCCACAACUUCGAGACGAUGUCACCACAUACACCCAGUUGACAGCCUGCGCGGCACGGGUCUGCGAGACUUUGCCAGUAUUGUUGAAUUUAGAUCCGUGUACCUUGGCUCAGCUGGCCUCGCUCCCCGCUUCUACCUCCCGGUCCAUCGGCACGAUUCCGACCGUCCCCUGGUUCUUACUCCAUGCGUCGAUGUUUGAGAGGCACUGUGUAAUCGGACAUGGAUCGACCGUGGAGUCGCUGUUGGUCAUUCUGCAGCGCCCCUGGUGUGUUCUCGAAGCCUGUUGCAGCAACACCGAAACAAUCAUAGCCUUGAGAGAUUUCGCCCUGGUAGCGGCCCAAGUCGACCCAGACAGAUACGAUGCAGCUGUCCGACUGCUCUCCCAUGAGUCAGGGGCCCGAGGUACACUGGGGAGGGAUUUAAUUUACCGCACCAAGCAUGUCUGCGCGUCGCGUUCUUCUCUGGCUGCCGUCCGAUCGAUAUAUGUCGCCUCCACCCUAACCGCCGUUACAUCGUACAAUCGGUUCUGGCUGUCGCUCAUCUGCACCUGCGCCGUCUAUGUGGAAAUUCCUUUCUCCGAGGUAGUCCGACAGAUGCGCGACGAUCUCAUGUUGCUCAGGCAGAUUGGCAACCAGGUCAUGUGA